UAGUAAGCCGCCGGUUGUGUUCGCCUCACGCUGUACAAAUUCACUCUUAAACAACAAUGUCGUCGGAUUUUGAAAGCUACGAGCAGGAGUUUGGUACCCUGACAGCAGAAGUCACCAAUAAAAUAGGAAAAAUUCCAAAACUCAGUGGAGAGGACAAGACGCAGCUGGUUCUAAAUGUCGACAAACAGCUCGAGGAAGUCAGAGAGUUGUUGGAGCAGAUGGACCUGGAGGUGCGAGAGAUCCCCAUCCAGAGCAGAGGAAUGUACAACAGCCGUCUGAAAAGCUACAAGCAAGAGGUGGAGAAGCUCGAGAAGGACUUCAAAAGGUCACGUAUUGCCUACAGUGAUGAGGUGCGGAACGAGCUCCUCGGGGAUGACGGGAGCUCCUCUGAGAGUCAGCUGAUAAAGUUACGUGAAGAGAGAGCUCAUCUGCUGGACAACACAGAGAAGCUGGAAAGGUCAUCUCGGAGACUGGAGGCUGGCUACCAGAUAGCGGUGGAAACCGAACAAAUAGGACAGGAGAUCCUAAACAAUCUGCACAGUGAUCGAGAGAAGGUCCAAAGAUCCCGAGAUCGGUUGAGAGAGACGGAUGCUAACUUGGGCAAGAGCUCGCGUAUCCUGUCAGGCAUUCUAAGAAGGGUCAUUCAGAAUCGCAUCCUGAUCUUCAUCCUGGGCGCCAUCAUCCUCCUCACCAUCGUCCUGGCCAUCUAUUUCAAUCUGCGGGGCCACUGAUCUCUGCUGACGGGUCCUGUGUAUGUGUGUGUGUGCAUGUGUGAUUAAUAGCAACAAAAGCGGUCCAGAGUAAUUAGGACAAAUUGUUCACAUGAAUCAUUCCUGGGGCAGUGACAGGUGAUCUCUUCUUGCGAGCGGAGCCGGCCCGGGUCCACCCUAUACCCCAUUACACUUUUACUGUUAGGACUUUAUUCUUCGCCACUUAUUUAUGGGAUCUUCGUCUGACUGAUUUCCAACGGACCAUCCAUAUGGAGGAAUAACACCAAGUACCAGUAGUUAAAAGGGUUUCAGUAAUGGAAUGGUUUUAUUUUCAAGAAAAUGGUUUGAUUAUUUGUACUUUUUAGUGUUCACCGGUGUGUAUUUACAUGCAUGCACAGUCUCAGCACGGUUCCUGAUCUGUUCUGUGUGUGUAACGGGUGCAGAAAGGCUUUGACAACAGUGGGUGCAGCACACAGCGUAGAAUCACACAGAACACCCAGUCCAAAGGUCAGUGCCUGAAAUAUACGCCUCAUCCAGUCGCGCUUCAUCCAGGAUUAGUAGCUUCUCACGCUGUUCUUCUAAGGCCAGUAAAGGCCUGGUGUGUUUAGGCAAACCAGCUUGAAACCUGUAUCCCCUUCCAGCUUUGCUCAUAAUGUAUGGCAUAAACAUUUGUUGAAACAUGCACACAGUACUAAUUUACACUCACACUCGCACUAAUGGACACACACACUCACACCUAGGCCUAGUUAAGGCUGGUACCAUACUCAGCAAAUGCCACCAAUGCUUUUAGCUAAACCAGAUCAGAUAAGUAUCGCUGAAUUCCCAGAUGUGUCAGAAUUUAGUUGCUCAGUUUAAGCAUUGUGCAAGCAAUGUUUAUUUUAUGUAUUUAUUAGGAUUUUAGCAUCAUUUUCCACACCUUGGUUACAUUCAUGACAGGACAGGUAGUUACAGAUUACACAAGUUUAAUAUCAAACACAGUCAUGGACAAUUUUGUAUCUCCACCUGACUGCAUGUCUUUGUACUGUGGGAGGAAACAGGAGCACCCGGAAGAAAACCCACACAAACACAGGAAGAACAUCCACACGGAAAGGUCCUGGACUGCUCCACCUGGGAAUCGAACUCAGGACAUUUUUGCUAUGAAGGGGCGGCACGGUGGCUAAGUGGGUAGCGCUGUCGCCUCACAGCAAGAAUGUUCUGGGUUCGAUCCCCAGGUGGGGCGGUCCUUGUCCUUUCUGUGUGGAGUUUGCAUGUUCUCCCCGUGCCUGCGUGGGUUUACUCCGGGCGCUCUGGUUUCCUCCCACAGUCCAAAGACAUGCAGGUAAGGUGAAUUGGGGACACUGGGUUGUCCAUGACUGUGUUCGAUGUGGCCUUGUGAACUGAUGAGCCUUGUGUAAUGAGUAACUACCGUUCCUGUCAUUAAUGUAACCAAAGUGUAAAACAUGACGUUAAAAUCCUAAUAAACAAACAAACAAACAAAUUUGCUAUGAAGUGACAGUGCUACCCACCGAGCCACCAUGCUGCCCCUCAAAAAUGUCUGUGGCAGAGCAGUUUAAUAAAGCGGCAUAGAUUGUUUUAGCAGCAAGCAUGAAAACACACUUUUUAAUUGUUGACACGUUUAUAUCAGAGGUCCAUUUUACUGUCCUUUUUUAUUUGGUUUGUACAGCAGGGUCGUGCUUCACAGUGUCAUGUUUGUUAGCAUAGUCAUAGCUUUACAAACUAAUUUAUUCAUUUAUUUUAUAGAAAUAAUCUAAAUUCAAACACUGAUAAGUCACCAUGGUGUAAGCAAGAUAAAUGUACAAGACUAACUGUGUGCAUGUGGUGUUUGUCUUUGUGAGUCAAAAAAGAAGGGACCUCUGUACCUGUGCUUAUAUUUUCACUACAGUAAAUGCUGACCAAAUCUCCAGUAUUCUUGCAACAAAGUGAUUUUUAUACAAAAUGUUGCUCACGCUUAAUCUAUGGUGAGGAACACCUUGUAAAAUUUAAAAAUAUCUAAAAAUGUUUUUUUUUUUUAUAUUAAUAAUACCUUACAACUUUAACUGCAAACAAUACAAUGUCAAUUUAUGACCAAAUUCAGCAUCAUGUUACAAUAUUCAUACAAAAGAAUUUAGAAAAUUGAUCAACAUUUUCCUGAGGCACAGAUACAGAGGUUCUUUUUUGACACUUUUUUUGGUGUAUUUCCCUAUUAAUUAUUGGAUUAUUGUAUUUUUGUCUUGCUGUAAAUGUGCAUCUGAUUUUAUUGAUCAUUACAUAAAGACCUAUUUCUGUGUAACACAAAAAAAAA